AUUGUGAGUCUUGUCUGCAUUCACCAAUCCCUCCAUAAGCCCAUGUACAUUUUCAUCGCUGCUUUGUCGAUUAACUCUGUCCUCUUCAGCACCAACAUCUACCCAAAGCUUCUGAUUGACUUUUUAUCUGAAAAACAGGUCAUAACAUAUCAAGUGUGUUAUUUUCAGGGUGCAGUAUAUUACACUCUGAUGUACUCUGAGUUUGCCUUGUUGGCAGCCAUGGCCUAUGACAGGUAUGUGGCUAUAUGUAAACCUCUGCAAUAUGCGACUGUCAUGAGGAAAGCAACAGUCGGUGUCUUCCUGGUUUUAUCGUGGCUCGUUCCAGCUUGUGAGACGACAGGAGCAGUUGUCCUAAAUGCUAAUAGCAGACUCUGUCGCUUUACUUUAAGAGGGAUUUUUUGUAACAACACAAUUAAUUAUCUUUAUUGUGUGCAAUCAAAAGCACUAUCUCUGUACGGUAUGGUCAUGUUGUUCAAUGUCGCCGUUCUCCCUGUACUGUUUAUACUUUUUACAUACACAAGGAUCCUUAUAAUCUCAUAUCGCAGUAAUAGAGAAGUGAGGACCAAAGCUGCACAUACCUGUGUGCCUCACCUGCUGGUUUUAACAAGCUUUUCCUGUUUUGUUGCUUAUGAUGUCAUUGUGGUUCGAAUAGGAUCAGAUAUUCCAAAAACAGCACGUUUGAUAAUGACUUUACAAGUGGUUUUGUAUCAUCCUCUCUUUAAUCCAAUUAUAUACGGACUGAAAAUGAAGGAAAUUUCUAAACACAUCGAGAAGUUGUUGUGUCAGGUCAAAUCACCCUAA